AUGGAAUACGAGUCAGAACCUGCCGCCUCAGCUAUAUCCACACCCAGCGAUGAUCAUCAGACGCGACAAGGCUCAGGGGAGCCUAGUAACUGCUCUUUGGCGGAAGCAAGGCGCGGCUGUUUGUAUCGGGAUAAUCUGAAUGUCGAAACAGCCAGGGCAAAGAUGCACCAUCGCAAUCGUCUUGCUGACGAUGCCCAGCGAAGUUUCUGA